AUGCCUUCAACAAAUCGACGCAUUUCAUUGGGAUCGCCAAAAGAUCUUCGCGAGGUCAAGUUUUUUGAUGAGGAGCCAAUUCCCGAUGUUCCACCAAAAGGAGCUCGCGUAAAGGUUUGCUAUGCUGGUGUGUGCCUUACGGACCGCGAAGUCUCUAACACAAAGCAAGCAAGAAUAACAAACGGAAUCAAAGAUACGAGUCUCUUCCCUGGAUAUGAAGUUUCUGGCAUCGUUGAAGCUUUUGGAGAUUCCUGUUCGCCGAGUGAAUACGGUUUAAAAAUUGGAGAUAAAGUUAUUGUGUGGCCUACUGACGAAAUGUGCAGCAACGGCUACGCAGACUACGUCGCCGUGCCAACUCUUCAUUUUCUUGUCAAAAUCCCGGACUCGCUUUCUAUGCAUGUGGCUUCAAUUCUUCCCGCUGGUGCUACAUGGGCUCUUUCUGCUGUUCUUCAAGCUAGACCAAUUGUUGAGGCAUUUGCCCAAUCGAAAGGCUUUUGCAAUAUUCUUAUUGUCGGCGCUGGAGGAUUGGGAUUGUGGCUGUUGAAGUUGGCAAAACACUUCCUAUCGAUCAAUAAUGAAAAGAAGAUUCGCUUAAUGGUCGCCGAUGCCAAAGAAGAACGCCUUUCGUUGGCUGAAAGAAAUGGAGCGGAUUUCGUUGUACAUUGGGAUGAUUCUGAAUUUGAGGAGUAUUUAAUUAUGCGUACUAAAGAUGUUGCUCGUACUGGCGUAAACGUUGUUUUCGAUUUCGUUACUUCGCCAAGAACAGUUACUCGUUCAUUGAAAUGCCUUGCUGAGGGAGGAGUGUUGUUCGUUGGAGGAUUGUCUGGUCUUGAUGUUCAGCUCCCAAUAAAGCAUGUUGCCAAGAAUCGUUUAGCUCUUAUGGGAGUCACAAGAGGAAGUAUCGAGCAACUAAAAAAUUUAGUCAAUCUUAUUGCCGGAGGCCAGAUUGAAGCUCCCGAUUAUCGUGUCUACCCGGUUGAACAAGCAUCUGCGGUGCUCAAACAGUUGUCAAUGUCUGAGGUUGAGGGUCGCGCGAUUCUUGAAGUUUGCGAUCCAUCAGCAGCGCUUACCCAGGAAAAGGAAGGAAUCCCGAUUCCAACGAAUGACAGCCAAUAA